UGCACCUAAUAAGCUUUCCAUAAAACGGAACCAAAUUUUUUCCGUGUUCUUGCCGUCAACCUCUUUUCUCCUAUCGUCUCCGUUCUUUCUCUCCACCACCCUCUACAAAACGAGGAGUCCGUCCUAAUUCUCCCCGUGGCUUGAAGAGCAUAAUUUUGCACGAGUCGCUUCGUCGGCUUCUUCGUUGCUGUUCGACUUCGCGGCAACGAGUGGCUUAUUCGGUUCCUUCGACGACCUUCCCUUCCUGUCGGAUCGGAAGUCACCACAUUUUGAUCGAAGCAACGAGGGGAGCUCGCUCGCUGUGAAGGAGUUUGUUUCCAGUUUGAGAAUCUGAGAUAUUUUUCAGCAAGUAGAAAGGAAUGGAAGUCUAUAAGCCUAAAAGCAUCCUCAUCACUGGGGCUGCUGGUUUCAUUGCAUCCCAUGUUGCUAACAGGCUCAUUCGCAACUACCCUGAAUACAAAAUCGUGGUACUUGACAAGCUUGAUUAUUGCUCCAACCUUAAAAACCUUUCCCCUUCUCGAUCUUCUCCCAACUUGAAAUUUGUUAAGGGUGAUAUUGCCAGUGCCGAUCUUCUCCACUAUCUUCUGAUUACGGAGUCCAUUGAUACCAUAAUGCACUUUGCUGCUCAGACUCAUGUUGACAAUUCUUUUGGAAACUCCUUUGAGUUCACCAAGAACAAUAUAUAUGGAACACAUGUUCUGCUGGAGGCCUGCAAAGUCACUGGUCAAAUUAGAAGAUUUAUCCAUGUCAGUACAGAUGAAGUUUAUGGAGAGACCGAUGAGAAUGCCAUCGUCGGUAACCACGAAGCUUCUCAGCUCCUCCCUACGAAUCCAUAUUCUGCAACCAAAGCAGGAGCUGAAAUGCUUGUUAUGGCUUAUGGAAGGUCCUAUGGCCUUCCUGUGAUAACAACCCGCGGUAACAAUGUCUAUGGACCUAAUCAAUUCCCAGAAAAGCUGAUUCCAAAGUUCAUCCUUCUAGCAAUGAGAGGACAGACCCUUCCAAUUCAUGGAGAUGGUUCUAAUGUCAGAAGCUACCUCUAUUGUGAAGAUGUUGCCGAGGCUUUCGAGGUUGUUCUUCAUAGAGGAGAGAUUGGGCAUGUUUAUAAUAUUGGGACAAAGAAGGAGAGGAGGGUGAUUGAUGUAGCAAAAGAUAUCUGUAAGCUUUUCUCAUUGGAUUCCAAGACAACAAUCAAGUUUGUCGACAACAGGCCCUUCAAUGACCAAAGAUACUUUCUUGAUGAUCAGAAGCUGAAAAUCUUGGGUUGGUCAGAAAGGACUACAUGGGAAGAGGGUCUCCGAAAGACAAUUGACUGGUACACAAAUAAUCCUGACUGGUGGGGAGAUGUCUCAGGAGCACUUUUACCUCAUCCAAGAAUGCUAAUGAUGCCUGGCACAGAAAGGCAUUCUGAUGGCCCUGAUGAAAUCAAAAGCUUGUUGUCUCCACCCAAUAAUGUCAACAAUCCAAGCCAAAUGGUAACACCAUUAUCAAAAACCUCCUCUUUGUCUGCAAAAACUCCUUUAAAGUUCUUGAUAUAUGGCAAAACUGGAUGGAUUGGUGGCCUUCUUGGGAAGAUAUGCCAGAAACAAGGCAUAUCAUAUGAGUAUGGAAAAGGCCGAUUAGAAGAUCGUUCCCAGCUCCAGUUGGACAUUCAUAAUGUGAAACCAACCCAUGUUUUCAAUGCCGCCGGCGUGACCGGCAGACCAAAUGUCGACUGGUGUGAAUCUCAUAAGCCUGAAACGAUCCGCGUUAAUGUUGUUGGCACUUUGACUCUUGCAGAUCUUUGCUUGGAGAACGGAUUAUUACUGAUGAACUAUGCAACUGGGUGUAUAUUUGAAUAUGAUCUAAAUCACCUGGAAGGCUCAGGUAUUGGAUUCAAGGAAGAGGAUAGCCCAAACUUUACUGGUUCCUUCUACUCCAAGACCAAAGCUAUGGUUGAGGAGCUUCUGAAAGAAUAUGAAAAUGUCUGCACUUUAAGAGUCAGAAUGCCGAUAUCUUCUGAUCUGAACAAUCCUCGUAACUUCAUUACAAAGAUCAGUCGAUACAAUAAGGUUGUGAAUAUUCCAAACAGCAUGACUGUAUUGGAUGAGCUGCUUCCAAUUUCUAUUGAGAUGGCUAAGAGAAACUGUAGAGGCAUAUGGAAUUUUACCAACCCAGGUGUUGUGAGCCACAAUGAGAUCCUGGAGAUGUACAAGGCUUACAUUGAUCCCAGCUUCAGUUGGGUCAACUUCUCGCUCGAAGAACAAGCGAAGGUGAUCGUCGCGCCUCGCAGCAAUAACGAAUUGGAUGCUUCCAAAUUGAAGAGAGAGUUUCCAGAGCUUCUAUCGAUCAAAGAAUCUCUCAUAAAAUAUGUGUUUGAGCCCAACAAGAAACAAGCAAAAUAAUGCAAUUGGUGACCCGAUUGGAAAAAUCUCAGGCUUCGUUUGGGAUGACUUUUUUAUUACUUCUUAAAAUAGAAUUUACUAAAAUUUCGUUUUAAAAAGCAAUAAAAAAGUUAUCCCAAACGAAACCUCAAUUUUCAGAAUUCCUUUUGUUCCAUUGAAAGGUUUAUUUCAUUUUUAAAAUAGCAUUGGCAAUUAGUUUGUUUGUUGAUCUGUAUGAGCCACAAAGCCAAUGACUACUAUUACUAUAUAUGUUGAAUUCCUAUGUGUUGUUUAUGUGAAAUAUUGGGAAUAAAUUUGGUAAGUAAAUUUAGUUUA